AUGACAACAUCAUCAUUAUCAACUCUUUCAGCAGAGGCUAAAGAAUUCUUACCAUCAGUAUCGAUUCCUCCUUCAACAAUAAUUCCAUUGUAUAUUAAUGAAAAUACUGUUGCAUCCGUUUAUUCAUCGCAAUUUCAACAACAACAACAACUAAUUUAUCCAUUAUUAAAAGUGCCUGAAAUUGAAUUUCAUAUACAAUCAUCACAACAAUUUCAUAUUGAUUCAAGUCGCGCAAAUCCACCACGAUCAUCAAUUACGUCAAAUCCAUCGCAAAUUGUUCUUCUACCAACAAACCGGUGUUAUCCCGACGCACAAAUACUCUAUCCGCCAAAUGAUCAGUCAUCAGGAUUUUAUCCAACGAAUUAUUCAUUUCCACAACCAAAAUCUAAUCGAAUCUCAUCACAUCAUCAACAACGUGGUGGUAUCAAUCAUUCAAAUAAUCCUCGGCAUUCGAAUUAUGGUCAACAAGAAUCAACAGCAUUGAAUAGUCGUCGAAAUUUUCAUCCAACAAAUAAUAAACGAAUAUUAAAACGUGGUGCUGCACAUACAAUACAACAACGAGAUCAAUCUCAUAAUGAGAAUAUUUAUCACUUAAAUAAUGACGACACUCGAUUUAAAUUUCGAUCCGAAGACUUUCCAAGCCUUCCCAUCAAUUUGAAUCAAGAAUCUGAUAAACCAGCCGUUCAAUCAUUGAUAUCCACAAAUACAAAGCCAACUCCAUCCUGGAAUACAAUAGUUUCAACUCCACGACCUCGUUCUACAUCUCCACAUUCUGUUGCGAGUUCUUCGAAGCUAUCUGAAAAUCAACCAACUAAUCGAAGUCGAAAAGAAACAAUAAAUGAUGAACAAAAAUCUGCUAGUGACAAUAAUAAUAAGUCUUCUGUACAAUCAAAAUCUAAAACAUCAAAUAAUAAUUCCAAACGAAACUCUUCGACAGAACAGCAACGUUCAAAAUCAUCAACAAAAAACAAUGAAUCGUCGAAGAGUCCAAACGGAAAACCUGGCGAAUUCAUUCAAACAAAACAACAAAGACGUGCAGAACGACAACGACAAAAUAAAAACAAAGAAAAACCAACACCAACACCAACACCUACACAAAUGCCAACUCCGGAAACAAUUCCAUUUUCUCUUGACGAUGAAAAUGCAUUUCCAGCAUUAGGACAUGAAGUACCGAUACAAAUAGCAAAAAAAUCUGAAAAUGAUUCUUCAGCAAAAGAUAAACCGUUCAUUCCAGGAUUAAUUAAUGUAUCAAAAAUAAAAGCGAAACAAACCUACCAAAUAUGUUUAACAGAUAUGUUCAAUGCUUUAAGUACAUCGACGCAAACAAAACAAGAUAAUUCUCUCAAUAAAACAGCAAAAUCAUCACGAAAAACAUUGAAUAGUGCUAAUCCACUUGAUUCAAAUCCAGUGCCUAAACGUGGCAAAGAACGUGAACAACCAAAACCACGUAAGCCAACCAAACUUAAGCGUAUUAUCAAUAAAGAACUUGAAGAAAAUCAAAAACAACGACAACAAUUCCACGUAAAAUCUACAGCAGUCAAACCAACGGAUGAGCAAGAUAUUUCAUGUGAAACUGACACGAACAACGUCAAUGGUAUCGAUAAUUUUAUCAAUGAUCAAUCGAACGACGUCGUCUUUCCUGUUAAUACGAAUGAAUAUAUGAGUGCCUCAUGUACAGAAGAUUCGAAUGAUGGUGACGAUGAUGAUGAUGAUGAUGAUGAUGAUGAUGAUGAUGAUGAUGAAAUACUUGAUCAUGAGCCUACAAGCCAAUUACAAACUCCUUAUGCUCAACAAAUGCCUCAGUCAAAUAUAAAACAACAAAUUCAUGAUGCUGGUUUUCGUGAAUAUUGUUCUCAAUUAAUUGAUCGUCAAUUAGACGAACUGUGCAUUGAAUUAUUAAUAACAUUAAAGCGUUUUCAAGAUCGUAAGAAACAACAACUUCAAGCGAAUCCGGAACGUGCCCGUCGUAAACGUCGUUUUGUUCACGGUAUACGGGAAGUAACAAAACAUUUACGUUUACAACGUUUGAAAUGUGUUCUGAUUGCACCUGAUUGCCAAUCAAUACAAAGUCAAGGCGGCCUGAAUGAUGCUAUUGAGAAAAUAAUAAAUCUUUGUAAAGAACAAAAUACUCCCUAUAUAUUUACGCUUAAUCGUCAAAAACUAGGUCGAUGCUUAAAUAAAACAUCUCGAAUAUCAUCGAUUGGAAUAUUUGAUUAUAGUGGUGCUGAUCAAAUCUAUCGACAAAUUGUUGAUAUCACCUGUGAAAAUCAACGUGCGUAUAAACAAAUUAUUGAUAAUAUAUUAAAUCACGAUGAAUCAAUAACAACACCAUCGCAUGGUUUAAAUAGUCGAGAAUUCUAUAAAAUUCUCCAUCGAACAUUUCAACAGCAACAACAACCACAACUACAAAAACACCAUGUUGUUAAUAUUAUACCCAAUGAAUCUUUAUCGAAAGUUCUACCUAAAGUUCCUGCGCAUUAUGCACAUUCGCGACAAACAUCAGACACAUCAACGAUCUAUAUUGAUCCACAAUUAAUUAAUUCAAUUAAAAAGCAGCAUACACGUGCGUCAAGUGGAACAUUUGAUGUGGGCAAAACAACGACAGCAGCAGCAACAACAACAAAAAAACAUCAACGAACACUCUCCGAUGGAGCGACGAAUGUUGUUAAUGAUACAGCUAUUCAAACGAAACAUCAUUUAAAAACACAUUCGCGUACGCCAUCUGGUUGCAGUGUUAUAAGUCAAAUAGAACAACAAGAUUAUUUUGAACAAUCCAAAAAUAUUCUCAUGAAUAGUACUAAUGACAUCUGUAUUGAGAAUGAGGAAAAUCGUUUAAAAUCAAUUAACGAAGAUACAGAAGAAAAUUCAGCAAAUAUAAAAAGAAAAAAUGUCGAAAAAUGGAUUAAUGACAAUUAA